GAUCCACCACCACCCUAUGUCUCGACAACCCCGACCAUCCCCCCACCACGUCCUCAUGGAGUUGCCCGUCCUCCCUUCCCCCUCGAGCUCCCCUCUAUCGCCGCCCUCAAAUCCCAGCGCGUCAUCCUCGCCAGCGCCUCCCCCCGACGCAAGCAGAUCCUCUCGCAACUCUUCCCCAAAGUCGAGAUCAUCCCGUCAACCUUCGCCGAGGACCUCCCCAAGUCGCUCGGCGGCUUCGACUACGUGCUGCAGACGGCCGUCGCCAAAUGCCGCGAGGUGUACGGGCGGGAGAUCGACAACGUGGAGGCGGAGCGGGAACGGGGGGAGGUCGGGGUGGUGAUCGCGGCAGAUACGAUCGUGAUGAGCGCGGCGGGGCAGAUUUUGGAGAAACCGAGGAGCGAGGCGCAGCAUGUGGCGGUGUUGAAGAGUUUACGGGAUGAGUCGAGGAUAGGCUCGGAGAUGAAUCCUGGCGCGGGGAUUGCGGUGGGAGGGGCUGGUGCUGGAUGGCAUAAGGUCUAUACGGCGCUGGCGAUCAUGAGGCCCAUGACGACGGCGAUGGAUCCUGGAUAUGUGCUGACGACACAUGUUGAGGAGACGUCCGUUAAGUUCGACCCGGAUAUCACGGAUGACCUGAUUGUGGCCUACGUCAAGACCCGGGAAGGCGCGGACAAGGCGGGUGGGUACGGGAUGCAAGGGCUUGGAAGUCUUCUCGUGGAACGGAUCGAAGGGUCUUGGGACAAUGUUGUCGGCAUGCCGCUCCGAGCGACAUUGGUCUUGAUCGAAAAGAUCCUGGUCGAUGAACAGGAAGAACUU